GCAGAAAGGACGUGUCGUAUUUAUAAAUGUGAUGCGGACCGCAUCUUUAGAAGCACCACGACCACUUUUAUCAUCAAGAUCUCCCAAAAGCAGCACACCAUGAGGAGCAUUCGCGUCUUUCUGCUUUGCGCGCUGGCAGCCGCGACGAUUUCGGCCGUCGUCGGCAACAAUUCCAGCGGUCCGGAAGAGUGCUGUUUUAGACACUACCCACGAAGACUGAACCCCAAAAUCUUUGAGUCCUAUUUUAUGACUGACGGCCGAUGCCCCUUAAUGGGAGCCAUUCUGGUGACCAAAAAGAACAAUCACAUCUGUGCCAAUCCGACUCUCUCCUGGGUGAAAAAAGUCAUGAGGUCUUUGGACGAAUCCAUCCUGUGAAAGGUUCUGCUGCCCGCCUGCGGUUUCGUGAAGCACCUUUGUCCACGUUUGCUUAGUCUGCUUUAACGGUCUUACAUGCAGAAAAAAUAGUAGUCAUGAGCGUCUGGCUAUGUUUUAGGCCAACUUGGCUUUGCCGCUCGCUGAUUUUUGUUUUAUAGUUAGAAACUCUUCAGGUUGUAUGCAUAUUCAUGUAAAAUUGAAUGCGAGGGGGCAUAUCAGUCAUGCCCCCGCCCAAAAAAAAAAUUGAAGCAGGGAAUCAAAACAUUUACUUUAAUUGUGCUUUUAAAUAAUACAAAAAACUUGUAACAAACGUACAUGCUGACGUAGCCCUGAACGUAAUCUAAUUGGGCAAUGCUGCCAUCUGAUGGAUGAUUUUAUAUAAUUUAUUCGGGGGGACUUAUCUGGUUUUUAAGUGCGGCUACAAAUAAA